GUCAAUGGCGUAGCUAUGAUCAAUUGUAUACAUUGCUAAAUCUGUUUUGAAGGGCGUAUAAUGUCUGCUAAAACAAAUAAACGUCGCGAAGAAACUAGCUGUGCUCAUUUCAAUAAAACUUGGAUGUUGGGAUUGGGCAAUUUGCAAACUAUUCCAGCUAAUUUGCCAUUACAGUACUCUCCACCGCCAUCAUUAGUCAGCCCUCUCCCAAGCCCAAUUCUCAAGUGUUCCGUGUCAUGUAGUCCGUCUCCGGCUUCAGGGAGUGGAAGCAGCACUGGUGGAACAAGUCCUGGAAGCACAUCGGAUCCCAAUUGGCAAUCAAAUCACGCCAGUGUUCGUGAGAGAAAUGCUGCAAUGUUCAACAACGAAUUGAUGAGUGAUGUGCAUUUCUUAGUAGGUCCCAAAGGAAAUGCCCAAAGAAUACCUGCUCAUAAAUACGUGCUUGCAACUGGAAGUUCCGUUUUCUAUGCAAUGUUUUUUGGAGGCCUGGCUGACAACGAAUCGGAAAUUGAAAUCCCGGACGUGGAGCCUGCAGCCUUUCUAACUCUCUUAAGGUUCCUUUACUGUGAUGACAUAAACUUAGAAGCAGAUACUGUAUUAUCUACCUUGUAUGUUGCAAAAAAAUAUUUAGUGCCUCACUUGGCUAGAGCUUGUGUUGCAUAUUUGGAAACAAGUCUGACUGCAAAAAAUGCAUGUGUCCUUCUAAGCCAGAGUCGUUUGUUUGAGGAACCUGAUCUUAUGCAAAGGUGUUGGGAGGUUAUUGACGCACAAGCUGAGUUAGCCUUUGCUUCAGAAGGUUUUUCUGAUAUUGAUUAUCGUACAUUAGAGUCAAUUUUGUCGAGAGAAACCUUAAUGAUUAAAGAAUAUACUUUGUUCCAAGCUGCUCUUAAUUGGUCCACGGCUGAAUGCUUGCGUCAGGAUUUGGAACCCACAAUUGAUAAUAAAAGAAAAGUUCUAGGUAAUGCAAUGCAUUUAAUAAGAAUACCUACCAUGUCAUUGGAAGAAUAUGCCAAUGGUGCUGCACAGUCCGGACUAUUGACUUUACAAGAGACAAAGGAUAUUUUUCUGCAUUACACUGCAAACAAUAAACCAGCUUUACCUUUCCCCAUAAAGCCACGUGUUGGCCUCAAAACUCAAGUUUGUCACCGUUUCCAAUCUUCUGCAUACAGAAGUAAUCAGUGGAGGUAUCGUGGACGAUGCGACAGCAUUCAAUUCUCUGUCGACAAACGCAUUUUUAUUGUCGGUUUCGGACUUUAUGGAUCUAGUAACGGUGCUGCAGAUUAUACUGUCAAAAUUGAACUGAAGCGAAUGGGAAAAGUGUUGGCUGAAAAUAAAACAAACUUUUACUCAGAUGGGUCGAGUAAUACUUUUCAUGUAUAUUUCGAACAUCCUAUACUAGUUGAAGCAGAUACUUACUACACGGCAUCUACUGUCCUCGAUGGUGCAGAAUUAAGUUAUUUUGGACAAGAUGGUGUUAGUGAAAUGACAGUUGGUUGUAUCACUUUCCAAUUUCAAUGCUCAUCCGACAGUACUAAUGGAACUGGCGUUCAGGGAGGCCAGAUACCAGAGCUCAUCUUUUAUGGACCUAGCCAAGAGUCGUGACUCGAAAAGAAUCGCAAGACAUAUUGUGGCUUUCAGAAAAAUGCUUUCAUAUUUGAUCCCUAUUCUUGCUUUUUUUCUGUUUUAAUUUCUUGUGUGCGAAGAGUAUUUAUGUCAUAAUUUUGGUACCUACUUUGUUUUAUAGAAGAAUACUUCUAUAUAUUAAAAUUUGUGUGUGUGUCUGUGUAUUAUGCACACAUAUGCAUGGAUGCAGAGUUUAUUCAUGCCAUCUUGCUUGACUGUUUAACAAGGGAAUCACAUCCUUCUUUGUCUCUAAAAGCCAAUUAUAAAGUGGGGUCCCCCCUCUUUUUUUUCAGUUUUCACUGCCAACUUUACUGGUUUUUGCAGUAGUUCUCUGAAUUUUAAACAUUUCUCCUGGUCUCCUGAGUUUUAUUAAAAAUCUACUGGAUUUUAUAAGUCUUUAGGAAAAUGCCUUUAUUUAGUUUAUUUUGUGGGAAAACAAAAAACCCUAUAAAAUUAUCUUUGAAAAGAUUAUCAUGUUCAGGCAUAUUUGCUAUAUGGUGUGAAAACUUCCUGCUAAACUUAAAGUGCAUCAAAAUUUCACAACGUUAUCAAUGCUUAUUAAGUUUGAUCAAAAAUAAGUUUUAACUGUAUUUUAAGUAUUAAUUUAACUUUGUUUCUUUUGUUUCAAGUUCAUUUAAUUAUUUUAUGCUUAUAUGAAUCAAAGAAGUUCCAUAUGAUUUGUAUUUAGAUUGAUAGUAAAAAAUUUUUUCUUGGAAUGUCCUUUUCCAGAAAUCAAAUAAGUACUUUUUGUUUUUCCCCAUCUCUUUUCCAUAUUCUGUAUUUGUUUGACUGUGAGUCAUCUGUUAGCUCCCUGAAAAUAUAGAAAAUAAAUUACUAUCACUAAAAAGAAUCCCUUCUAAAAAUCAUAAUUUCAAAAAUAAACCUUCGAAAAAAAACAAAUUCAACGACAAUAAGAGCUGCAGAAAAAAAAGCAAAAUAAAACAUUUCUUUGCACCAAAAGUUUAAGGAAUUAAUGUAUGCUACCAACAAUUUGUUUUACGC